UCCUGGCAUGCUCUAUAGGUAACUGUUCCCAUUUGCCACCAACCUCUAGUACCUUACCUGGUUGCCCAACUUGACCCCCAAGCAUCCUUUGGGAUCGACAGUUCGACCGUUGACAAAUAAAAUGGGAUGCCUCACCUUCCACAACUUCCUCUCAUGCUUCCGCCGGCAGCCGCGGCGCGAGACGUGCUGCACCCCGGCCGAGACCCGAGAGUCGCCUUCCGCGCCGUCCCCGCCUCCGUCCCUUCAGCCAUCUCUUCCGCCAUCUCUUCCACCGCGCCCUCCACGGUAUACUCAACUGUUCCCCCCGCCGUCUCUUCCGCCGUCUUUUCCGCCGUCUCUUCCGCCGUCUCUUCCACUAUCUCUUUCGUCGUCUCUUCCGCCGUCCCCGUCGACGUCCCCUCUACCGUCACCACCACUGCCGCUCUCGGGCUUUCUGUGGUUGCCUGCCGACGUUGUUCUGUACCUCUGCCGGGAACACCUGCCGCCUUCUGCAGCCGUGGGCUUGUCGCUGACCUGCAAAGCGUUGUUUGGCCUCGUCUUUCCAGAGGCAGCACCAGGCCUUGGCAGGAACCCGGCGGAGCGCGAAGCUCUACAGCUGCUGCUUGAGAGGGACUUGGGGCAGCAUUGGUGGUACUGCCACGGCUGCUCUUUACUCCACCGCAUCCGUAGCCACGGUCCGACUACCGACCCUCCCACCAGUGCUACAGCUUAUUGGCCGCCAAUCACCUGGGAACCCGGCCGCCCAUGUCACAACAGUCACUGGUUUGAAGGAAGCACUUUUGUCCUCGACUACGAGAGCGUCCGCCUUGUCAUGAACCGUCAUUUCCUCGGGCCCCCAAACGGUUUACCCUUGGGGAGUUUCACCGUCGAAGCUAGCUCCAUGUUCUUCAACCCAUGGCAAGGAAAAUUGGUCCCGUGGCGAGAAGGAUGGUCAGCCCGUAUCGUCCAAGGCCAGUUCUUUUUAUCGGCCACGCGUACCCUAAGUAGCGCCGGAUGGGCCGACAACACGCUGCGAGAGGCCUUGGCCCAUGAGGAGCGGGAGCUCUGCGGACACGUCAAGAUAUCGUCGCGUCCAUGUGUUCAUUCGGUCAAGGCUCUUAGCUGCACCUAUCGUGCAUAUCCACGCUCCUUUGUACCAUGCCGUGAUGUUGUCGAGUCAUGCUACCGCUGUCUCACGGAUUACGCAACUACAAUAGAGCACGUGGGAACCGACACAGAACAGACGACCAGGUAUUGGUUCAUUACCAUUACCUCGUAUCAUCAACUAGGAAGUGGCCGAUCCGCCACUGAUGCAAAUUUCGACGCCUUUGGGCAUCUAAUGAGUCUGGAUUCCUACCGCAUGAGGCGGGACAUGGUAACACAUCCUCCGGGUGCGGUCAAAAGGUCAUGGGAGUCGUACAAACCCUAGUCCUAAAGGGCGUUUGGACACGGGCACAUAGCAAUACAGAAGUCUACCAAAGCAUCCUGUGGAUAACCAAGGUCGAGGGGCAGCUGUCCCCAACCUGGCGCUCU